AUGGCUCUUGUGCGGGAGGCCGAUGUGUGUGUGCUGGGGACCCCUGUGUACGGAGUAUCUUGGUUCGUCACGCACACCCGCACGCUGCUGCUGGCCUCCCCCACGGCGGACGCCGCCAUCCGUCGGCAGGCGAGCGACGCUGCCUGGCGUGACGGGGAGACGGACCUGGAUUGUGUCCUCUGCGACCUCGCUGCGUGCGCUGGGACGGACAAGAGAGAGGCGGUGGACUACACCUUCUUGACGGCGCUGCCCCGGCCGCAACGCAUUCGCGGGCAGUCGGUGGGCGAUCGCCAAGCGCAGUUGCUGCAGUGGAUGGAGGCGUGCAUCGUGUGCCGCAGUCAGACGCACCUGCCGGAGUUGCUGCGAGGUGCCUCGCCCACUCUGCAUUUUGAGUACGACUCGGCACUGAGGAGUAUCGGAGGUGGACGUGGUGACGGUGGCCGGGUGGGGGGAGGUCCCGGCACGCGACGUGUGCAAGGACUCGUGUUGGCUGCCGUGGAGGGCGGCGGCGGCUCCCUUGUGCGACUCCGCAUCCCUCUACUGCUGGAGCGCUCGGAGAAAGUCAAUGCGGCGCUGAACAACGUGGCGGUCCUCUAUUGCAAGUUUUCGCAUCGCGUGUGGAGGACGAGCUAUCAAGUUUCUGCGGUGGAGACGGACCUGCACGUGUGCAUUCGAGUGAUUCCGCCGACGGGCAAACUUACGGUGCUGUCAGAAGAUGUGGAACUGCGAAUUGCAGAUGGCUCUGCGGCGGCCGACAGCAACAACCAGUCUUUAGUGCCGUUUUUGAAAAGUUGUGUGGAUUUGAACGGGCUGCCGAAGCUGAAGUUAACGCACGAGGGGGGCGGCUUCAUCGAUCACCUGCCGCAGCUAGAGGAGGCGCUCUAUCGUCGCAUUCGCGAACCGUUGCACUUUCUGAAGUUAAUGCUUGGUCUGGGAGCCGAUCUUGGGGGUCCCAUCGAUCUUUGUGUGAGCUGCAAGGCCGUCAUGCGUUCGGAUAUCCCGCAGACGCCCCCUACGUGCAGAACGGCGGUGUUUUGUGCUGUCGACAGCGAGUCAUCAGCUGCCUUCACAGUCGGGCUUCACUACUCCAGCGGAAAGGAGCUGCCCUCGAUUGAGACGACGUGUACGCAGUACUUAAACCGUCAGGACAGUGCCGUGCUGUCCGCGAAAGUGAAGUACUCGAAACCGAGCACUACCAUGCCGAGAGAUGACGACAGUUUUCUCGAUGUGGAGGGUUUACGCGCCGAGGUGGUGCGGGGCGUGAUGGAGUGCAUGACGCUGGCUCUCACUGCUGCUUCGUAG